CUCUUGAGUCGAUCAUUGACUGAGACUCCUCCCAGACAAACUUCCUCAAACUCGGUCUGAUCGCUCACAGCGCGCGCUAAUGGACAGCAGAACCAGAUCGGAAGUUUUCUCUUAGAUGUUUGUUACUUUGUUUCCUCGCGAUGUCCGAUCUGAAGAGGCAGAUGUCGUGGCACGAGGACUUCGCCAGAAACCUUUCCAGAUUCUUUUCCAGAAAUAAAUCCGCGGACAGCGAGAGCAAUGGAAGUGAGGUCAGAGAGGCUGAUGGAUCCGCAGUGACCUGCAGCGCUGAUGCGGAUCAAACACCUGAGCACCUGAGCACCGCAUCUGCACAGGAGUCGCAGGCGUCUGACGCACCGGACGGAAACACAGCGUCACAGACGGAGGACGGAUGGCGAGGGGAGGCCUCCACUGCGCCCCCUGCAGACGGCUUCCUCAGACGCCUGGGCAGCCUGCUCCACUUCAGCCGGGCAGAACCGAGCACAAUCCAGCGGGAGACACGGAGCGGUCUGACCACAGCACAGAGAGACACACACACACAGCAGAGCGGAGCAGGGCCGGAGCCACAGCUCACACACACACCUUCAGAGGAGCAGACUGAAGAAGAUAGAAGUGAUGCCAUAAACAUCGAUGACAAAGAGUGCUUGGAGGACAAGAGACGUUAUGAUCUAUCCUGUCCUCCUGUAGUGACUUACGGCACAUACCGUGGAUUGAGGGAAGUCAAGAAACCAAAGAAGAAACAUCACGUCGAGCUUCAUUCGCCCAUCUCUGAGGGAGAAGAGGCAACGCAACCCAACGGCCAUGAGGACAGCGAAAUUUCCUCCUGCGCUGUGAACACCAUGAGCUCUGAUAGUCAUGAAAACCCCACUGCCGUAAAUCAAGCAUCUCCUUCACAGCAGAUAGAAGACGUGUCAGCUCAAUCAGACGAGGUUCUCGCUGUUGAAUCUGAACUAACUCCAGUCCACCGACUCCUUCAAGCUGCAGACUCUGGUCCGUUGCUUACCUGCGUGGAGACAGACUCAGUUUACAAGAUUCCUCUAGCAGAACAAAGUGACAGCGGACUUAAGAGCAGCGGACAGGAGCAUCUCGCACAGAGUGCUACGCUUGAGAGCUUCUCAGGGGAUAGUGAUGAUCUGACGGUUUCAGACCAUCACGACACGGUUCCCGCUCCAGAGCAGAGCUCAUCUUUAAUUGAAAGAACAGAUGAUAUAGCCCCUGAUUCUCAGGCGUGCUGGACUCUAGAGGAGUUCGAGCUGAAACGGGCUGGGGUGGAUGAAGAAGUCCUGCGAUUGGAGUCUAAAAAGAUGGUGGAUAGCAUCCUGACAAAUGCCCUCGCUGCCCUGCAGAAGAUGGAAGCAUCCGAGAUGGAGCGUGAGGUCCUGUUGACCCGUGAACCCAGCGAGGGCUCAGAGGCAUUGCGGAUUGAAAGGUUAGAUGGAGGCACUAAUACAGAGCAUCAGUUUUGCGUGACGUUGACAGACCAGACGCUGUCUGCGGUUCUCGAGGAAACGCUAGCAGGCCAUGUGGACUGCAGCAGGUCGCCACCCUCCUCAGGGUACGAGUCCAUCGCUGGCUCCGACACGGACAUUAGGUGCAUCGUGGGCGUGGCCUCUGACAUCACCGCUGCCAGCGCUUCAAUUGGCUCUCAGAACGAGAAUCAGGCCGUGCUUGAAUAUCUCUUUGAAGAAAAGAACAUGAAUGGAACCAUUAAGAACACCGGGAGAAACUCUGUGCUCAGUGCUGCCACCGCUGACGAGCCAUUAUUCCCAAAUCUCCACAGUCAUAAGGACGUUCUUCAUGAAACAGACAUCAAGCUCUCGGCGGAGGAGCACACGGGAGAAGCAGAGUGGGUCAGAUGGGAAAAGCGAUCUCAGGAUACAGCCAAAGACAAUGCAACGAGCAAUAACUGCAGACUCAGCCUGAUCGAUUCCUGUGCUCCAUCUGCACAUCAGGAGAGUCUUCAGCAAAGCCAAACUCUCAGUGAAAUGGGAAAGUCAGACCCUGUUAGCCACAGUCUUGCUUCUGAUACAGCAGAUUCGGAUAUGAUGUCAGGAAUUGUACCAGCUACACAAAGCCAUAAAUCUGAAGCACCUUAUUCAGACAGCAGUGAGCAGGAACAGAUCUGCCAAGUUUCUCGGGCUGGAGUAGAUUCACAUGUCCUGCUAUCCGUGACUGAAGUCCAGUGCUCUGGAGGUCACCGCUCUUCUCAGUGGGCCUCGGUGCGAGCGAUCCGCUGCGACAUCAACGACAACCAAAGCCUGAGCCCCGAGGAGACUCCAGCGGAUGCUGGAGCAUCGGUCGAGUGUGUCUCAGCUCGGAGAAUUCACCUGGACCCCGUGGACAGUUCCAGCAGAACCGCAGCUGUCCUUCCCCAACACUCCCGAUUCCAUGAGCUCGACCUCCACCAGGUCGACGGAGGCUUCGCUAUCAUCAGCGAGGAGGAGGAGAGUGACGUGGUGUUCGUGAACGACACUGGGCCCAUGCACAGUCCCAGCACGCGGCGAGCCAGAUCCUACCCCUUCUCCCUGUCCCCUAUCUAUGAGGAGGAGUUCGGCCGCGAGGAGGCUUCGGGGCAGGAGACGCUGCAGGUUCCUCCAGCCACAGAAGAGGAGCAGAGAAGCGUGGAGCAGCCGGCCGCGUCCAUCCUCUCCCUCCUGCAGUCGGUCAGCGAGAAGCUGCAGUCCAGUGUGAUGUGCGGUUCGGUUGAGGAGUCCGUUCACGUUCCGCUGAGCGAACACUGCGAGGACGACGAUGAGAACUCCAGCGUCCUACAGAGCCACCGGCUCACUGAGACCGAACCUGAGCGCGAGACUGACGAUGCUCCGGAUGGAACGCAGGAGCAGCGGGACUGUGAUGGUGCUCUGGGUAAUAUCGGAAAGAAUGCCAAUACGCCUUUCUAUCAGUACUUGAAGUCCAGAAUAAUGCCAUCAGGUGAUGAAGAACCCGGAGACACUCAACACAUGGUGUGUCGUAGUGCCGGCAACACACUGGUCAUGGGAGAGACCAGAGGGUUUGGAAAGGUCAACCCUAGACCUACAGCAGUGCUCAUCUACGAGUCGCUGAGCGGAGAGAGAAGAGAAAUCUGCGCUGACGUGGAGGAUGCUGGGAGGGAUCUGUUUGCUCACAGAGGAACGCUGCACGCGCUGAGAGGAUGUUGGCUGCUGUAUGUGGAUCCGUGGCACCGCGGCUCGUGUGUUCUUCUGGAGGAGGGUCAGACUGUGACCACCAGCGGAGGAUCCCAGCAGGACCUGAAGGAGACCAGGGAGCCCGGCAGGACUGAUCUGUCUGUGCGCUCCAUCCGGACGCUGCUCAAGGACGACAGUGUUCCAGAGAUCCAUCUGUAUCCCAGCUCGUCUCAGACCGUCCGUCUUUACACUGAGACAGACCUGAUGGAGCCUGUGCUCCUCUCCGAGCUCCACGUCACGAAUGGAUGCUGGUUGAUUUACGAGAAGCCCGGAUUCAUCAGCGGAUCCGCCGUUCUGGAAACAGACGAGAGAGUCACGGUGCUCCAGAACUCACUCCUGUCCUGCGUCAAGAGUCUCCGGCCGCUAAAAAUGGGCAGGCUGCGGGUGACCAGACCGCUGGACCCAAAGGUUGUGUUGUUCGAGAAGCCACAGUUCCAGGGUCGGGUCAGAGAGCUGCUGGAUCACGAGCCCCGUCUGACGGACGCUGCUGCAUCUCUGCGCGUCACGGGUGGGAUAUGGGUGUCGUUCUCCAGCGAGGGGUUCAGAGGUCAUCAGUGUGUUCUGGAGGAGGGUGAAUACUCAGACUGUACUCAACUGUUUGGCGGAGCGGAGCUGAGGAUUCAGUCGCUGCGCUGGGUUCAGUCUGAUUUCCUCGAGCCGUCCGUGAGUCUGAAGAUCUCUGAUGAAGAAAUCGACGCUCAUCAGGAGAUCCCUGAUCUGCAGGAGACCAGUGGCGUCUGCGUGAAGAGCGGAGCGUGGGUUGCGUACAGCGAGCGGUGUUUCACCGGACAGCAGUGUGUUCUGGAGAAAGGCUGUUAUCCAGGGCUGCUGGACUGGGGCGACGGACAGAGCUCAGCGAGAUCACUGCGGCCCGUUCACAGAGAAGUCUGUCGGAUCGUGGAACGGAAGUUUCUGCUGCGAGUCUACAGCCAGACGCGGUUCGGAGGAGAGAGCCGAGAGUUCGAGAGCGAUGUUCCUGACACUGGAGCUCCAGGAGUCGAGUCGCUGCGGGUGAUCCGGGGACGUUGGCUGCUGUUCGAUGAGGAGCGUUACUCUGGUAACCAGUAUAUCCUGUGGGAGGGGCAUUAUCCUGAUCUCACUUCCUGUGGCUGCACAUCCACAGCCAUCAAGUCUUUAAAGCCCAUUCCAUACAGUUUCGCGGAGCCGUGCGUGAGUCUGUUCUCUCUCAGCGGGUUUGAGGGCCUCGAGGAAAGCUUGUGUUCAGACGUGGAGGACCGCAGCGGCUUCUUCAUCCAGUCUGUGAGAGUCCAGAGCGGCCUGUGGGUGGCGUAUCAAUACGCUCGCUUCAAGGGCCGGCAGACGCUGCUGGAGCCGGGAGAAUAUCCGGAUUGGGCUGAACACAGCGGCUGGGACACCAUCGGAUCUCUGAAGCCUCUUCAACAGCCCAAAGCAUUCUUCCAGCUGCGGAGCCGAGCUCUGGGUUCGGUUCUGACCAGCGAGAGCGUUUCAGACGGGUCAUUUCCAGCCAAACUCUUCCUGAGUCCCGCCGAUCGAUCUCUGGACACGCAGCGCUGGAUCUACUCCGACGGCCUGCUGAAGAACACGGCGCAGGGGGGCUGUCUGUCUGUGAUCGGGGCCAAGGCCUGUGCCGGGGCCCCAGUGGCAUUAUGGGAAGAGCACGGGCGUGUCAACCAGCGCUGGAGCCUCAAUGAAGACGGAAGCAUCUGCUCUCAUCUGAACCGCAGCCUGGCGCUGGACCUCAGAGGUGGAUUCGGCGCUGACAGAGAUCAUCUGAUCCUGAGAGAGCUUCACAGCGCCACUCAGAUCUGGGACAUCGAUGUGCUGUGAUCGAACACAUCAGGGACUGAAGAUCACAGCCAAUCAUUCAGACUUUAGCUACUCGCCUCCAGGCCAAUAACUGAUCCUGUUUUAAACUGCACUGUGAGCGUGGAGGACCCCAAGGGACGAGGCUCUGCGUGUUUGUUUUUAUCUCCAGAAGCACAUUUGCACUACCAGGAACCUCACGAGUGUUCUGCAGGUGUUUCAGGUGAACUCAUGCUGGAUUCGCCCUUUAAUCCGCCGGGAAAAAGGCAUGGAUACUGUUUCUGUUGGCUCAAGCGUUAAACUUAGUCAUUUCACUGGAGUCCUGCAGGAACACUGACAUAAAUCAACCACAAACAUGUAAUGUGUACAGCGACGCUCACAAGCAGCAUUUCUAAAAGAACCUGAACAAUAAAUGGAGACUGUAAAAUGCA